AUGCUGUGGCUCAAUUGUAACAUCAAGUCGAUUGUGAAAGUUAGCUGUAACUCUAGCACAAGCAAUGUCUCGAUGACCUUUGCAGUAGAAAACGGCAUUAUUGACUUUCCACCCGUGUUACCUAACGACGGGAAAUAUGUUCAAUGGAUCUUCUUACAAACGAAUGAUGUUUAUGAAUUAUUACCACUGAACAAAGGUGAGAACGGUGGCUUAGCUCGUGUCGCACACAUCCGAGACUUGUUAUUGAAAGAAAAUCCAAAUACAAUAGCAAUUCUUGCUGGUGACCUGGUUUCUCCAUCAGCACUUGGGACAGUAAAGAUUAAUGGAACAACUCUACAUGGAAAACAGAUGAUUUCGACGAUGAACGCACUGGGACUCGAUUAUAUGACGUUUGGAAAUCAUGAAUUCGAUUUAACUGAGGAAGAAUUACUUACUCGUAUGAAUGAAUCAGCCUUUACUUGGAUAAGUUCAAAUGUAUUUCGUGUCGAUACAUCCCUUCCAUUUGGAUUAAGCGUUUCACAUAAAAUAAUCACCAUCGAUGGAGUGAAAAUUCUUUUAAUCGGUCUAACAAUCAAUGAAACCGUUGGUUAUGUACGGAUCGUCGAUCAACUCUCACUUUCCAGUUAUACAAAACAAUUUCUAACUUCGUUUGCGAAUGAUACGUACGAUGUAGUCGUUGCUAUCAUUCAUUUAGAUCUUCAGACUGAUAUCGAUAUUGCCACGAGCAUUCCACAAAUUGAUCUUAUUCUUGGUGGACAUGAACAUGAAAACUCGUAUAAUUUACGAGGAACCAAACUUGUACCGAUUGCGAAAGCUGAUAGCAAUGCGUUUACCGUUUAUAUCCAUCGUUGCGCCUUCAAUUUGGGUACGAAACAACGUCGCACUUACAGCACUUUGGCCAAAGUCUCAUCACAAGUAGCAGAGCAAGAAAAAACGGCAACAACAGCGAAUUAUUGGUUUAAUCUAGGUGUCAAAGGACUGCAACUAUUGGGUUAUGAACCAUUGCAAACUGUUUCAUGUCUACCGGAUGGUGUUCAACUAGAUGGAAGAUAUCAAUCAGUCACGACUUCUAACACGCUUCUAACUGAAGCUAUUUGUGAAAGUUUGAUUAAAGCAACUGAACCAUUUGCCACAACGGUUGGGCUUCUUAAUGGUGGAACGAUAGCACAAUACGAUAUCCUGCGGACAUUACCUUUUCCGAAUACGGUGGUCGCUCUUGCUGUUCCUAGUCAAAUUCUUGCUCAAGUACUUACGGAUGGAAUGUCAGCGAAAGAUAUUGGUCUAUUCAUAGAUUAUACUGGUGUACAGACACCAGAUCAAGGAUCAACAUGGUUGAUCAACGGAGUUAAUAUUAAUACAGAUGAUCUGACGUAUAGAGUAGCAACAACAGAUUAUCUCAGAAAUAAUACGAAGUUAAAUAGUACACUUGUUACGUUUUUAAAACAAACGGAUCAAACACAAACUAAAAUCUUUAUCGAUUAUAUGAAAAUUAAAUACCCUUGCUAA